AUGGAGUCUCUGAAGACAUUACUCGUCGCGAAUCGCGGUGAAAUCGCCGCGAGAAUUAUAAAGACCGCCAAAUCAUCGGGAUUGCCCAAGCAACACAAGGCGGAUGCAGUAAUACCGGGAUAUGGAUUUUUGUCCGAAAAUGCAGAUUUUGCCAGAGCUGUUGCCGAUGCGGGUCUUGUAUUUGUCGGUCCCGCGCCAGAAAGCAUCGAAGCCUUCGGCCUCAAACACACUGCACGAGACCUUGCGGCCAAAGCUGGAGUACCAAUUGUGCCUGGCUCAGCUGGCUUGGUGACGAGCGGAGAUGAAGCUGUCAGUGUAGCGAGAGACUUGGGCUUCCCUGUCAUGCUCAAAGCGACAGCAGGCGGUGGCGGUAUGGGCCUUCUGACGUGCAAUUCGGAAGAAGAUGUCCGGGAGUCGUUUUCCACAGUUCAGUCGCGAGGCGAUGCCCUGUUCAAGAACGCCGGGGUGUUUAUCGAACGGUACUAUCCGUCGAGUCACCACAUCGAGGUGCAAGUGUUUGGCAACGGGAACGGCAAGGCCAUCUCCAUUGGUGAACGUGAAUGUUCUAUUCAAAGGAGACAUCAGAAAGUGAUCGAAGAAUGCCCGAGCCCGUUUGUCACCAAGAACCCAGGCCUGCGAGCAAGCCUGGGCAGUGCAGCUGUCCGGUUAGCGGAGUCUAUCAAUUACGGCUCGGCCGGGACAAUCGAAUACCUCGUUGAUGACGAGACUGGAUCUUUCUUCUUCCUUGAGAUGAACACACGCCUGCAGGUCGAGCAUGGCAUCACUGAGCUCUGCUACGGGAUUGAUCUCGUGGAGCUCAUGCUGAAACAAGCGGAUGCCCAGCUCUCCGGGAAGAGCGGACUAGAUGCUCGUUUCCUCGCUAAUAUUCCCGUAGCAGGUCCGUCGGGCUGCGCGAUAGAAGCUAGAGUCUAUGCGGAGAACCCCGUGAAGGACUUCGCCCCGUGCCCGGGUGUUCUGCAGAGCGUAGAGUGGAAAGAGCUCCCAGGGUCCCGAAUCGAUACCUGGGUCUACAGGGGUAUCAAGGUAUCGGCAAACUAUGACCCCCUUCUCGCAAAGGUCAUGUUCCAUGCACCCAGUAGAACGGAGGCCAUCGAGGGAAUCAGGACCAUUCUGGCCGGAUCGCGUAUCUGCGGGCCUCCGACAAAUCUAGAGUUUCUCACUGAAAUACUCGGGAGUGAGACGUUUGCCUCUGGCCACACCUUGACACGGUUUCUCGACCAUUUCCAAUUUGACCUGUCCGCAAUUGACGUGGUAUCCGGAGGCGCCUAUACUCUGAUCCAAGACUGGCCUGGCCGUCCAACACUCGGCAAAGGAUUCUGUCACGCUGGGCCCAUGGACCCCCUGGCCUUCCGCAUAGCGAAUGCACUAGUCGGGAAUCCCGUCGGCCUCGAGGCAUUGGAGAUCACGUUGAGUGGACCGGAGUUGCGGUUCCUCGGACCCGCGAUCAUCUCCCUCUGCGGUGCACCGAUCGCCGCGACGCUCGACGAGGCGCCCGUUCGAAUGUGGUCACGAGUGCUGGUGAAGAAGGGCCAGCGUUUGAAGAUCGGGAAGACGACCGGGAAUGGCUGCCGCACAUACUUGUCCGUGUUUGGAGGAUUCUUGAAUGUUGCCAAAUGGUUCGGGUCCAAGUCCACUGCUCCAAUGGUCGGAGUUGGAGGCUACCAAGGCAGACAGCUCGCCUCAGGAGAUUUACUGUCCAUUACGAAAGAGCUUCCGAGCAUCAGUGGCGAGCUCUGCAUACCCGACCAUCUCAUUCCUGACUACCCCGAGCACUGGGAGCUCAUGGCCAUGCCGGGCCCAUAUGAUGAAGGGUAUCUGACCCCUGACAGCAUCGACAUGCUGUAUCAAACAGAGUGGAAGAUCUCGCAUAACGCAGCCAGAGGCGGUAUUCGCCUUAUUGGUCCGAAACCGACAUGGGCUCGCGCCGAUGGAGGAGAAGGCGGCGCGCAUCCCUCAAACCUCAUCGAGUACGGUUAUGCCAUCGGAUCUCUCAACUGGACAGGCGACGACCCUGUGAUCUUCCCUCAAGAUGCCCCGGACUUUGGUGGAUUCAUCAGUAGCCACACGAUAGUGAAGGCAGAUCUGUGGAAACUGGGACAAGUCAAAGCGGGUGACACGCUGCGGUAUCGAGCGACUGCUUUGGAGGAUGCGUUGGCAGCCCGCAACGAAGUAGAGAGGUUUAUCCAUGAUAUAGUGCAAUGCUGCUAUACCCAAAGUGAUUUCAGCGCCAUCACGCCUAUGAAGAAGACACCUCCGCAGCUGGGAACUAAGCAACGCGGAACUGGUGUCAUCCACCAGAUUCCGGCAAGCGGAAAUCAGCCCCUAGUUUCAUACCGCCAGGGGGGAGAUGACUACCUCCUCAUCGACUACGGCACCGGGUCUUUCGACCUGAACCAUCGCUGUCGAGCCACAGCCCUCAAGAACGCCCUAUACGAAGCCACCGCCGACAUCACUUUCUCAACCGGACUGAUUUCAACCGUCGGAUGCGGCAACUCAUUAAUGCUCUACUACGACGGGAGCAAGAUCCCCCAAGCAAAGCUUCUCAAGUAUCUCUGCGAGCUGGAAGCAAAACUCGGCGACCUCAGCACAGCAAAGAUGCCCAGUCGACUCUUCAGACUCCCACUCACGUUCGAGAGCCAGCGACAGAAGGAAGCGAUCACUCGAUACAUGGAAACGCAGAGGCCGUAUGCGUCGUAUCUGCCCGACAACAUGGACUUUGUCGCCAAGAACAACGCGUUCACCCGGGAGGAGUUCGAGAACAUCUUUCUCUCCGCAAGUCUCAUGGUCGUCGCGGUGGGAUUCUUCACGGCUCUGCCGCUGGCCCUCCCCGUCGACCCGCGACAGCGAAUGAACUGCCCAAAAAUGAACCCCAGCAGGGUGUACACUCCCGCUGGCUCGGUGUCAUGGGGAGGGAGCUGCAUGGCGCUAUACAACGUCGACUCGCCGGGCGGGUACCAGAUGACCGGAAUGACGAUUCCCGGCGUCGACAUCCUGGGAUCGAAGAGAGGCUAUGCAGCAGAUAGACCCUGGCUAUUCGAGGACUUCGAUCAGAUCACAUUCUACCGCGUUUCGGAGGCGGAAUACGAAAAGGAGCUCGCGCUGUUCAAUAGCGGUCGCUACGAGUACCAAUGGGAGCAGGUCGAGUUCGACAUGGCAGAGCAUAAUAAGCUCCUGCGGGACACUGAAGAAGAAGUCGCCGCCAUCCGCGCUCGCCAGCGUGAAGCACAGGCCGCGAUGGACCGUCUAGAAGCAGACUUGCUGGAGCGGUGGGCGAAGGAGAAAGCCGAAAGGGGCGUUCCUAUGGAUGCUAUCGAAAACUUACUCAAAGGUGGGCAGGAUGAAGGACCGCUGUUGCUCUGA